AUGGCUUCCCGUGUCCUGGUCUCUGGUCUUCCCCGGUCCCUCCCUCCCCUUCCUCCGGGGCCUGGUCCUUCCUGCGUCCCCUGUGUCGAGGGGUGGCUACGGGCUGCCCCUCACUCCUCUCAGUUUCCCCCGACAGAGGCCCCGCUGCAGACGCUUCACAUGGACGUGUGGGGCCUGGCCCGCGUCCGUGGACAGGGUCACGAGCGCUACUUUCUGCUGGUGGUUGACGACUACUCGCGUUACACCACAGUCUUCCCCUUGCGCAGCAAGGGUGAUGUCACUGAGGCGGAGAGUUCUCCUCUGGCCUUCUGCGAGCCUACUGCCCGUGCGCAAGGCAUCCGCCAGACCUUUACGCUUCCGGACUCUCCACAGCAGAAUGGGAUUGCUGAGCGCCGCAUUGGCAUGGUCAUGGACGUCGCUCGUACGUCCAUGAUGCAUGCGGCUGCCCCCCAUUUUCUGUGGCCGUUUGCGGUUCGGUACGCGGCGCAUCAGAUCAACCUUCACCCCAGGGUCUCCCGGCCGGAGACCUCCCCAGCUUUGCUGUGGACGGGGAAGGUCGGCGAUGCGUUUGCGUUCCGUGUCUGGGGAUCUCGGGCGUUUGUCCGCGACUUGUCUGCGGACAAGCUGUCCCCUCGUGCUGCUCCCUGUGUCUUCCUUGGCUUCCCCCCUGACGCACCAGGGUGGCAGAUCUACCACCCCUCCUCUCGUCGUGUUCUGUCCUCCCAGGACGUCACAUUCGACGAGUCAGUCCCCUACUACCGCCUCUUCCCCUACCGCACUCCUUCCCUCCCCCCGCCACCGCACUUCCUUGUGCCAGGUCCCCCCGCCACCGCACUUCCUUGGAGCUGGUCGGGGUGGUACCCAGCAGCGUAG